CAGUUUGUUGUUAAGUUUGCUUAGUUCCCGUUCGUUCUGCUACGUUCUGCUACGUUUUCGUUUUGUCCACUUCAAGUUCAAGUUUUAAGUUUGCCACCCAGUUAGCACCCAGUUUAAGCCCCAUUCAAAGCCCCGUUGAAUCCCAUCGAUGCCAUGGCCCAGUUGCAACAGACAGCCACCGAGAAGCUCAGCCAUCCGCACAGCAUCGGCAUCCAGCUGCAGCACAAGGGGAUGCCCCACGGACUGGGGCUCCUGACCACGGUGGCCUCGCUGCCCCCCAAGUACCGCAGUCGCUACCUGAACCUGAAAACCAGGUGCGAAAUACCGCUGGACCUAACGCUGAAGCUGCCCUCGCCGCUGCCCCACGGCGAUGUGCCCAUGGCGGCCACAUUUGCGGAGGUGUACAGCGAAAAUGCCGCAGGUGGUGAUCCCGCAGAGGUGGAGGUUCCAGUUCCAGUUGCAGUGCCCCAGCCGGAGGAGAAACCCCCCACGCCGCCACAAAGUCCGGCGGGCAAGCGGAAAAUGAGCCGGGCGAUGAGCUGUGAUGGCGAAGAGCCCCUAGAACAUCCUGCUAAAAUCCACAAAAAGGAGGAGCUGCCUGUCGAAGCCAAAGAAGCCACUCCGGCGAAACCCAUCAAACCAGUGGAUUCGGCGCCCAGGACCAGCAAGGCCUCCACCUCCUCGGGAAAACCCUCCCGCAACAAGGCCACCCGCAAGCUGAAGUUCGACGAGGAGACCAGCUCCCCCGUCUCGGGCACCAUUAUACGACCCCUGGAGGACAUUACCGAUGGCUCCAUGCAGUACAGCAACGGCGACAUAGACCCCAAGUACAACAUAGUCGAGAUCACAGAGGAGACCAAGGCGGAGCUGGCGGCCAUUAAGAACGUGAUUGGGGACUACGUGUGCCGCCUGUGCAAGAUCAAGUUCGAGGAUGCCUUCGGUCUGGCCCGGCACAGGUGCGCCUGCAUCGUCCUGUUGGAGUACAGGUGUCCCGAGUGCGGUAAGCAGUUCAAUUGUCCCGCCAACCUGGCCUCCCACCGUAGGUGGCACAAGCCCAGGAAGGAGGCGGCCAAGAAGGAGAACCGCAACACCAUCAAUCAGGUGGAGAAGCCGGCGGAGUUGGCGCAGAAGCCAGUGGAGGAGCUAGCCUUCGAUUGCCAGGAGUGCGGCAAGAAGUUCAAGAGGGCAGCCUACCUGAGGAAACACCAGCUGACGCACCAGAAGAAGGAGAAGCCGGUGGAGAAGCAAGUGGAGGUUAAGGCCACAGCCACCAUAACGGGCAGUUUCCACUUCAACCAGGCGGGAUCGUCCACCUCCUCCUCCUCCGCCAGCAGCUCCCAUUCCGACGAGGGUGUCUACGUGGUGGGGGCCAACACCAGGAGCAACUACGACUACGACAACGACUACCUCUCGGACUCCAGCUCAUCCGCCUCAUCCGCGGGCUAUGGCCGCCUGCAAAUCGUGGAGCAUGGCCUCACGGAGGAGGAGUCCAUUGCUGCCGCGGCUCUGACCAACUUGAGGAACUGCGCCUCCGUCAUCCAGCACACCACCAUGGCCCACUGAAAUGUCGAGUGAGAUUUAAGUUUAAACCUUACAGUUAAUUUUAAUGUUAAGUUUAGUUACUACAGUCGUUGAAGGCCCUUCAACUCAAUGCAGCUGAACCAGA